AUGCCACCACCGCACCCUCGUUCCAUUUGGAAUCCCGCUGCUGAAAUCCCUUCCACCACUCAAGUUCGACCUUGUUCUUCCUAUGAGGAUGAUGAUGAUCAUCAUCAUCAUCAUCAUCAUCAUCAAGAAACAACCAAUGAUGCCGCUUGUUUUCCAGAACAAGAAGCCGCUCGAAUGGCGGCUCUGAAACGGCUUCGACACAAACUGGUCACUCAAUGUGCAAAGCAACAACACAAUGCUAAGCCACCCACUCUAGCCAUGGAGCGAUGGUUGUCUCGAGAAUCCUUGCAACGAGAGCUCUCAACGACAACAACGAAAGAAGACGGCGUCAUCAAGGAUCCAAUUCUUCCAUCCACUGGCAUUGUGGACGAUGGCCUAGUGAAAGACUUGUCCCGCAACAUGGAAUACACAGAGGCACAAUCGAUAGCUGAAACAUUGGCCAGUGACGCCAAGACUGCUGCGGAACGAAUAUCCAAGCUUAGUGGCACCAGAGAAUCAUCAUCACCAUCAUCAUCCAACAACAACACCGCCGUGAAGGCUGAGCUAAAAGCGUGUACCAAGGCACUCAAAAAGGCUUCCAAAGCCGUACAAAAGAAUCUACAAACAAAUGGCAAUGACGACAGUGAUGAAUCAUCAUCAUCUUCUUCUUCCAACGAGCUUCAAAAGUCGCUGACAGCCUUGCACGAAGCCACCCAACAACUGGACACAUGCCGCCAAAAGAUUCAACGGAUCCAAGAUUAUGCCACCAACAAGAACAUUGUUUUGGAUAAUUCUCGUCGACCUGGUAUCUGCGAUGUCAUGUUGUUGCAAGCGGAUGGAACCCCCAAAAAGCCCUAUCUGACCAUUUCCAUGAACCAUCUCAUCAAAUUUGUCCAGCUCUGGCAGUUUCAAAAUCAUUCCACUUCUAGUAAGGUUUCAAAGAUGAUUAGCCCCAAAAGCAUUGCCCAAUCUCCCAUGACCGCAAUUAUGGAAAUGCCCGAUGGCAGCAGCUUUCUUCGAUAUCUUUACUGUUGUUUGAGUCGAUACGAAAUGAUCAAGGGAGCUGGGUACCAAUGCGCCAUGCCACCCAUUGCCUUUGACGCGGCCAAUAUGGAGUUGGGUCUGGGUACCACGGUGGAAUGCUUUGCCAGUCCCUUUAAUUGUCGCUACAAACACUAUUGCUCGGCCUUUCCCGAUUUGGAACGCAAAUUUGGAUCGUUGGGUUCCUUUUUUGACGACUCUUCCUUUUUCCCCUCGAAUGGUUCCUUUGAAGCGAAUCCACCCUUUGUUCCCGAACUCAUGUGGGCCAUGAAUGCCAAGUUGGAACGAAUCUUGUCACAUGAGAAUGCCAAGGCAUUAUCCUUUUUGGUGAUUGUACCAGUUUGGGGAGCCAAUGGGAUUGGCAAUGUGGAAGAAUUGGAAGCUUCCAAAUAUUGUGUGGCAUCCAGUCGUAUAGCAGCGGCCGAUCAUUCCUUUUGCGAUGGCGCCCAGCACAAGGCAUUGAAACAAGAGUUGCGUCCAAGUUCGUGGGACACGGCCGUCAUUUUGUUGCAAACCCCUCAAGGAAGUGAGGAGUGGCCAGUCUCGCAGAGCAAGCUGGAGAGUGUCUUUUGCGCAGCCUUGAAGAAAUCCAAGACUCGGUCGUCUUUGGCGGAUUGGGAACGACGUGGAGUGGGAAAAGGUGGCAGUGGUGGCGGUGGUACGAGUACGAGUACGAAUAGACACCACCAUCAAGAGGGCAAUACGAAAAGACCUUAUUCUUCAACCACUACUACUGCCCCGUCAUCAUCAAUAUCACCAAGGUCGAGUUUCCGGGGGAAAAAGACCAAAUUCUAA